GAUUUAAAUAAAAGGAAGAGCGGCAUUUGAAAUUUGACAUAAUUCCAAAGUUAAGAUCCCAGAUGGACGUGUUAUAUUUUAGCAUCAUACUAACAUUUUUCUGUUUACCUAUCGAUGGGGAAAAAUCCACUAAAUUCAAAAAGACUGUGGAGUACUUAGCUCAAUAUGGCUACUUGGAAAAAAAUUCUAUGAGCAAUAGCUCUUUGUUGAGUGGAACAUCCUUCAGGAACAGCUUGAGAGAAUUUCAGUCUUUUGUUGGAAUCCCAGUCACAGGAAAGAUGGACAAACUCACCAUGAAGAUGAUGAGUGCUCCAAGAUGUGGAUUACCAGAUAAAUCUGGGAAGUCAAAUAGGGAGAAACGAUAUACAACUCUAGGUAAAUGGAAUACGAAACAUUUGACCUACCAAAUAUCUAAGUAUUCGAAACAACUCGAAAGAAAAGAAAUAGACAGAACUAUACAGAAAGCCACCAAUUUAUGGUCGAAGUACACAGAUUUAACGUUCGAACCAUCUGAACGAGGUACAAUAGACAUCAGAUUCGAAGAAAGACAGCAUGGUGAUUGGAAGGCCUUCGAUGGACCUAGUGGGACACUAGCACAUGCAUUGUAUCCUAAAGACGGUGGUGCCAUCUGUUUUGACGAAUCAGAACCUUGGAUGGUCGGUGCUGGUUCUGGAAUAGACUUAUACCAGGUGGCAGCGCAUGAGUUUGGUCAUGCUCUUGGACUCGAUCAUUCUGACCGAAAGGAUGCUCUUAUGGCGCCCUCAUAUAAAAAUGUAUGGACGAACGAUCUCUCCGAUGAUGAUAUACAGGGCAUCCAGAGCUUGUACGGUGAAAAAUCUGGGGAAACACCAGCAACACCACCCGAGGCACCAGCAGCACCACCAGAAACACCAUGCGAGGCACCAGCAACACCACCAGAAACACCACCCGAGGCACCAGCAGCACCACGAGAAACACCACCCGAGGCACCAGCAGCACCACCAGAAACACCAUGCGAGGCACCAGCAGCACCACCAGAAACACCAUGUGAGGCACCAGCAGCACCACCAGAAACACCAUGCAAGGCACCAGCAGCACCACCAGAAACACUACCCGAGGCACCAGCAGCACCACCAGAAACACCACGCAGAAAUUGGCCAAGAUUGCCAGGGGGUUGGUUCUUCCCUUGGUACUUUCCACAAGGGAAUCGUAGGGUUUUCUAUGGGUGGAACUAAAUUGAAGCAUGUUGUUGUUUCAGACAAGACUUACUUUUUAUCAAAUAUUGUCUUAAGUUGAAUACAAAUUUGGAAAUCUU